AUGGCAUUUCGUUUGCUACGUUUGCAUGGAUACAACGUUUCUUCAGAUGCAUUUGAUCGGUUCUCAGAAGACAGAUUUUACAAUUCUCUUCUGGGUUAUUUGAGGGAUGUCGAGGCUGUUUUGGAGUUACGUAAGGCUUCUCAUAUAGUUUUGCAUUCAAAUGAUUUAGUUUUGGAGGAACUAAACUCUUGGACACAACACUUCCUUGAGGAAUAUUUGUCCUCUUCCUCAAAAAAUGCUUACAAGCUGCCUUCUAAUCAUAUUGACCACGAGGUACCUUUUGCUAUGCGUUUUCCUCAUCAUGCUUAUUUGGAUUUCAUUUUAAACCGAAGAUCUAUAGAGCAUUACGACGCCCAUCAAAAGAGAAUUUUGAAAUCUUCAUAUUGUUCUAUGAAUCUCCCCAACAAAGAAUUCCUCAAAUUGGGAGUAGACAACUUCAAUCACUCUCAACUAUUAUUUCUUGAAGAAUUCAACCUGUUCAACAAGUGGUUUAUGGAGAGUGGAUUGGAGAAACUACAUUUUCCAAUCUCAAAAGCAAAAGCUGCCUAUUCCUUCUUGACUGUUGCAGCAACACUGACCUCCCCAGAACUUCGCGAAGCACGCCUGACAUGGGCAAAGCAAAGCUUGUUGGGAUGUGUGGUUGAUGAUUUCUUUGAUGUUUGGGGUACUGAAGAUGAACACAUCAACCUUAUUCAGUUAAUGGAGAAGUACGGUCUUUAUUAUGCGUUUGGAACAUUGGAUUGCAAGUGGGAUGCAGAUGUCGACAAAGAAAGUUGUUCUGAGACGGUGAAGAUAAUAUUCUUAGCACUAAAGAAAACAAUUUAUGAGAUUGCAGCCGAAGCAUAUGAAGUUCAAGGACGGAGUGUGUUGAACCACUUGAUUCAGAUCACGUUGGAUUUACUACGAUAUGAGUUAAAAGAAGCGGAAUGGUGCAGAAACAAGUGUGUGCCAGGUAUAGAAGAAUAUGAGCGCAAUGGAAUUAUAUCAAUGGCCUUGGGACCAAUUAUUAUCCCCGUAAUGUACCUUAUUGGACCUAAGCUUUCACAGUCUGUCAUUGAAAGUGAUGAAUACAAUUACCUCUUUGAGCUUGUUAGUAUUUAUGGGCGAUACCUCAAUGAUGUUAAUGGCUACCAGAGGGAAAAAGAAGAAGGGAAAUUUAUCAACUCCAUAAGCUUGCGCCUGAUUCAUGGCCGUGGGGAAGAACGUGAAGAAGAGAUCAUAAAGAAGAUACAGAGUAAAAUAGAGGACAGGAGAAAAGAGCUGGUGAGAUUGGUAUCAAAGGAAGAAGGAAGCAAAAUGCCAAGAGAAGUGAGGGAUGUGAAUUGGAAAAUGAGCAGAUCACUUCACCUCAUUUAUAAGAAAGAAGAUGUGAUUCAUGCGAAGGAGAUGCCAAAUGAGGUGCUCAACAUCAGAGAUAUAGUUCUCAACAGUCCCAUUAUUUUAGAUUCAUAGAUCACUCGGAGGAUUCCAAAUUCCCUCAUUUGAUUGGAAAUUAAUUUCCAACGAGAUCGUGCCUCAAGAACAAUGAUAGAGAGAGGAGAGACUUGUAGGGGUUUUGCACCCUAAAAGCUUUGUUUGAUGUUUUUAUAUCUUUGGCCCCUCGAAUUUUAUACAAACUUUUUAAUUUAUCAUGGAAGUGAUAUAUAUAUAUAUAUAUAUAUUUG